CAAGCACACAAGUUCUGCACUCCACUAUGUUAACAAGAUAACAGUCGAUUAUUGCGUCGUUGAUAACGUUAUCUCUCCGGCCUAAGACACGACACAUGUGUGCCUCGCCCUACGACCUGUCAGCUUUUCAGCCCUCUCCCAUCGCCAACGCAGCCUUCUUUUCAAUCUGAGCACAGGAAUUUCCUGUGUUUUCCAUAUUGCUAGCGACCAUGCGCCUCUUGCAUUCCACCACCUUCGAAUUCGAGGUCUUUCACGAUGACCAAAUCCCACCAUACGCCAUUCUCUCCCACACGUGGGGCGAGGAGGAGGUUAGCUACCAGGAAAUGUGGUUCCUGCAAAAGCUCGUUGCAUUGCCCGACCAUUUGAGGCAGAACCAUGCCUUUGUCGCUGCUCUAGAGGCCGCCGCUGGGCAUAACAUUUCCACAAAUGUGAGAGAGUCCAUGGGUGACCGUGCCGGGUACAAGAAGAUUGAGCAAACUGCCAAGUUGGCGAAAGAAAAGAAGUUGGAUUACUUCUGGGUCGAUACAUGUUGUAUUGAUAAGAGCAGUAGCGCAGAGCUGCAGCAAGCGAUCAACUCGAUGUACCAAUGGUAUAAUAGGUCGAGUUUCUGCAUCGUAUACCUUGAAGAUGCAAGAACUGUCGUUUAUGAUCAGAGAGACGGAGAUUACUUGUAUAAGGUUCUGAAAGAGUCGAGGUGGGUCACUAGGGGCUGGACAUUACAAGAGCUUAUCGCACCAUUCUUGGUCAACUUUUAUGACCAAGAAUGGAAUCAUAUCUUCGACAAACAUAACUUCAGCAGCACUAUUUGCGCUAUAACUGGAAUACCCACGUACGUUUUGUCAAGCGGUGACUUGAGCCAAGCUUCAGUUGCACAAAAAAUGUCCUGGGCGGCUCAUCGGAAGACUACUCGCAAGGAAGACAUGGCUUAUAGCCUGAUGGGUAUUUUUGCGAUACACAUGGCCAUGUUGAAUGGAGAAGGAGACAACGCAUUCAGGCGACUGCAAGAAGAAAUCAUGAGGACGUCCUCGGAUGACUCAAUAUUCGCGUGGAGGGCACUGCAGGGAUCUCCGUCAGGCUUCCGGGGCUUACUGGCAAGAUCGCCUCGUGAGUUCCAGAACUCUCAACAUAUUGUAUGCGGCGAACAUAAUCAUAUUGCAUACGCAACUUUAAAUUUAGGGUUGCGCAUCGAAACAUGUAUUCAGCCUGUUCCAAGGAAAGGAAUGAGUCGUAUCUGGGACAAGUCGCUUUAUCUCUGCAUGCUGAAUGCUGAAUUUCCAACUGGGAAGAAAGUCGCAUUGCUACUGCAACAGUUAGAGUCGCUAAAGUAUACAAGAGUGCAGGCAAACGCUUGCUGGGAUUGGACCACAUUGCAGGACAAUCCCACCACGCUCUACAUCGAGCACACGCCCCAGAUCCCACGGAAUUUCAGGAGCUCUGCAAUGCAUUGCUUUCAUCUUAAGCGAAGCAGUAGCAAAGAAAGUGUCUCUCUAUACCAGAUCGAUUGUGUCCGACCAUACGAUUUGUGGGAUGGGAAACACCAGGAACUGUUGAUCCCAGAAUAUGACACGCCGUAUGGAGACACUGAAAGAUUUUCUCAGCACGAUUUUGCCAUUUCGAAGGGUAGAAAACACUUCAUUGGCAUUAUAUGGCUAAGUUGUGUCAAUUCUUUCCUUCGCACUUUAAUCCAGGUUCUAGUAGGCUAUGAUCGUUCGACUGGUCGGGUCUGGUGUAGAGCAUUGUAUUCUGGAUCACAACAUGGGCCCUGGCCUAAUCUUCAUGCUCCUACAAAAGACUGGCGGGCUGCACUCCAUCACUUUGGUGACUUUCAAGACUGUGGAUCACACGACGAGAUCGAUUUAUCGACUUUGUCGGGAAAACCUGGAACUGAAGAAAAUAUCAAUGUGAAGAUCAAUCCCGGCCUGCAUUGCGGCUUAAUUUCUCACAUCGUUGAGAUCGAUGGCUUGUCAUACUACCCCCAUGGAAUGGGCGCACCGGUGUUACGAGCGCAAAGCAAUCUUUAGUAGAAUCGUGAUAAAAUAAACGCCAACUUCAUCUCUCAGGCUUGCAAUAGCACAAAAAUUACUCGGUGUCUACUGAGCAAGGUUUGAGAGAAGAAUAAGUUGUAAAGCUCGGAGAGCUCUCUGCAAAUCGUAAAAGCGGUGUUGCAAUAAAAUGAACGGUACGGUACCGCACGCAAAACCUGGUCGCAGGUCUGUAAACCACCAUAGAACGAUAUAUGUACGCGUUGCAAACCGAAAUGUGGGAUAGCUUUGCGCUUAUUGGCUACUUAGCAAUCGAUUUCAUUUGACCGGUUGUUGCGGUAUCCUGGCAUACAAUCUGGAAACCCG